GCGACCCGCCUCUCUUUCCGUGUCCGAGCGCAUUGCUUCUCCGUCGACCCCGCGGGCACCCCAGAGACCCCUCCCCGGAGCAGGCCGGACCCCAGGCGCCAAGGCCUUCGGGUCGGUCGGGCCGUCCCGGGUCUCGGCCAGCCUUGGGGCGGGGCAGCGCCUGACUGUGCUGCCGCCGCAGCCGCCAGGCGAUCUCCAAGCGGGGAUCUCCAAGCGCUGUUCGGCUCGGCCGCGGGCCAGGAGGGGAGGGUCCGACCUUGCCCCGCAGGCGUCCAUUGGAGGCUUCCCCCGGCCUCCGUUCCAUGCCGCGGGCCGUGUGAGCCGCCGCGGGCUUCCGAGCCGGCAGGUGCCCGCAGGCGCGCCAAGGGAGCGGGGCGCUGGACUUGCGAUGCUGCGAGGGCCCCGGGCCCUGGCUCCGGCCGCUGGACCACCCUUCAAGGGGUUACCCGUGAUAAGCCCCACCGAGCUGUGGCCGCCCUGCCUCGGCAGCCCCCAGCUCUAUCCGGUCACCACUACCUACUACACCCCGCUGUACCCGCAGAUUGUGCCUCCCACUGCGGCGCCCGGCACCUGCCUCGACGCCACCCCCCACCGACCAGAGAGCCAAGCUGUGCGAUGCGUGCCGGCUGGCCGGCUGCCGGCGAAAAGGAAGCUGGACCUCGAGGGAAUUGGGAAGCCUGCAGUCCUGGAAUUUCAGACUCCCAAGGGGAAGUGCAUUAAAGUGGAUGGCCUCCCCAGCCCCCAAACUCCCAAGUCCCCUGGGGAGAAGUCUCGGUAUGACACGUCGCUGGGGCUGCUCACCAAGAAGUUCAUCUGCCUUCUGAAAGAGUCCAAGGAUGAGGUCUUGGACCUGAACUGGGCUGCUGAGGUGCUGGAUGUGCAGAAGCGGCGCAUCUAUGACAUCACCAAUGUGCUGGAGGGCAUCCAGCUCAUCAGCAAGAAGGCCAAGAACAACAUCCAGUGGGUAAGUAAGGGAAUGUUUGAAGAUCCCACCCGGCCUGGGAGGCAGGAGCAGCUGGGACAGGAGCUGAAAGAACUGAUGAGCAAGGAGCAGGCCUUGGACCAGCUCAUCCAGAGUUGCUCUCUGGACUUCAAGCACCUGACCGAGGACAAGACCAACAAGAGACUGGCCUAUGUGACUUACGAGGACCUACGUGCUGUCAGUAACUUUCAAGAGCAGACAGUGAUCGCUGUCAGGGCCCCGCCACAUACGAGACUGGAAGUGCCCGACAUGAGCGAGCAGAACCUGCAGUUACACCUGAAGAGUACGCAAGGGCCCAUCGAAGUCUACCUGUGCCCGGAGGAGGUGCAGGAACCGGACAGUCCUACCAAGGAACCCCUCCCCUCCACUUCCACUCUCAGCCCCAGCCCUGACUCCACCCGGCCCAGCUGCAGCACCAACCCUGGGAUCCUGGAACCCAUGGCAUCCCCAGCGCCAGCGCUGACUUCCCAGCAGGUCCUGUCACCAGCGCCAUCCCUUGUUCCUCUGGAGGCCACUGACAGCAUGCUGGAGCUGUCAUACCCACUUCUGCAGCAGACUGAAGACCAGUUCUUGUCUCCAACCCUGCCGGGCAGCUCCCCUCUGAUCAGCUUCUCUCCGCCCUUGGACCAGGAUGACUACCUGUGGGGCCUAGAUGGGGGUGAGGGCAUUAGUGACCUCUUUGACUCCUAUGACUUUGGGGACCUGCUGAUUGAGUGACUCUGCCUACCCCCAUAGCAGCCCUGUCCCUGUCUCUACCUCCUCACAGACAGACUGACAGGCCCUCUGUCUGCACAGGGACUUUGCACACAACAUGCUGCCCUCAGGGUAUGGGGAGGGGGAGGUCUCCUCUCCUCUCCUACCCAAUCGCCUGCUGAAGCUGUCUAGGGGGUUCGUGGAGGAUACAGGUGAGGAACAUAUCAGGGUUUGGUCCUGUCCUUCCUAAUGGCAGCUGGGCCCGGGAAGGCCCAUUCAGCCUUUUGACCUCUGACCUCUCAUGCGAAGGGCCACAGGCAAGGUGACCAGGUUCAGGGAAAGGCCCUGCCACUACCUUUUGAGGGGGUAAUUAGGACCCUCAGUUUAUUGAGAAGCACUUAAUGCCUUUGUAUUUAUUUCAGCUUGAGUUUUGUUUGUGUGUCUUCCCUGAGUUUUAGCAGGGAGAUUGUUCUGGUUUCUAGUAAGACUUCUCCUCAGACAGGCCCAGCACCGUCUGUUGUCCAAGGACAGCCCUGGGGUUCCAGGGACCCAGGCCAACUCCCUGAUUUCUCCACAGUGCUGGGGGCUGGGUCUCUGAGGGGCUGUCCAGUCUGGAACACUUGUCGCACUUAGGCCUCCUAAUUCUAGUACGUGGCAGCUGAGGCACCAGCCUUGAGUUCCUGGUCUCUUCUGUCCCGGAGAUGGUUCCAGGGAGCCACCCCAGCAAAGGCGGCAUUGAGGCUCCUGAGGAAACAGGAGCCGCCAGAUAAGGAGACCCCUUCUCUGUGGAAUUCCUUAUCUCGCUACCUUAGAAUGUAAAAAAUGAUCCUCCAGGGGAAGAGCUCUGAGGAAACACAUGUGGCAGUGGCUGCAAUGGCUGCCGCAGCCACCUUUCCUCCGUUUUUGCCUCUCGCUGGGACAGGCUGAUUUACUCUGAGGACCUGGGAGGCAGAGGCAGCUGCACCACAGAGAAGGGUGAGAUUAAGACAACUGUUGGAACGCACUUCCUCUGGUAGCUGCUGGCAUCAUUCCCCCUGGAAUUUUUUUUUUUUUGCCUCCUUUGUGGAAAGGGGUGAUUCUUUAAGGACUUCCCCUUCCCUCUCAGCUCUCACACAGAUCCCCAGGGACAGAGGUGACCAGGACUUGAUGGCAUGUUGACUCCUUUUGUCACAGGAAUGCUGAAGGGGUGACAGAGAGCCGUCUUUAUCGCAGACCAGACUUUGGCAGCUAAUGGGGAGAUGGGCUUAUAUUACCUCUUUAGGUUUGGGGUCCCGAGAAAUUCUUUUAGCCUCACCGCACCGCCCAGAGGUUGACUAUCCCGUAUUGUCCUUGUAGCCCAGCUGGGUGUGGGGGGGUCAGCUUUCUCCCAUCCAACCUGGGUGAAGGUGCUCUGGGCUGAACCAAGCUUGUGCCUUCUGGAGAGAGGCAGCCAUGGGUGGUGGUCUGAGAAGCCCACCACCUGCCCUCAGGGAGCUAGGUUCAGGGGCUCAGCUAGGCAGCACUUUUUUUUUUUUUUUUAAAGUUUGUAGCAACAAGUUGUUUUAAAACAUGAAUUUGGCCCUGUGGGAUUGCUCUUGAGCUGACCUAUUGGCAUCUGAAGUUUGGGAGGUGGGCUUCUUUGAGGGUGGGGUUCCGAUGUAAGCUAAUGUCCAGCUGGGGUCAGUCGUGCCUUGUCAUUUGCUCAACUUCCUGGGCCUCCGAGUUAGUGGCCUCUCAGGAAUGCUCAGCAGGUCACAGGUGCCCAGCCCUGUAAACAGGGCUAAUUUUGUAUGAUUUACAGAAAUGCCUUUGGUCUCCCCUUCUCCACAGUUCCACAGGGCUCUCACCAAGAGCCUGUUUUGAAGCCCAGCGGGCCCAGGACCAAGGGACCACCUUGGCCCUUGGGUGGGGGAAGGGGGUGCUGCAUGGGAUCUGGUUUGGGGCAUGUGGGGCGUUGCUGUUCCAAGGUCUCUGCUGGACUACCAUUUAGCCACUCACCAUCUCUGAGGACAGAGGUGUUGAAUUUCCAGGCCUUGGACUCUGUCUAGAGCGUUCUUCUAGAAUUAAAUGAGAGAAGAGAAGAGGCCUGUAGGACCCACUGGGAAUGAGUUUAAUGGUGAAUUCUGGCCAGAAUUCAAGCUCAUUCUCCAAACACCCAGCCAUAGGGUUGGACAAAGGGGCUGCCCCUUGGGCCCGUGGCCUGUAUCUUGAGCAGCUGCCCCUGCCCACUUCUGUGCUGUCCACCCCACACUCUGCCUGGCCCAGGGGCUGGACCACUAAGGCAAAGCCUCAGGCUAGGGGUAGAAAACAAGUUUGAGCCUCUUUCUUGCCAGUGACACUUGAAAUCUGCCAAGUUUCAUCAAGUGCUUUAAGAAGGCAUUUUGAUGGAUAUUUCCUCUAGAGGCCAGGUAAACUUUAAAACUAGGGCAGAAGAAAAGCCAGUUUCUUUCUGAGGCACAUUAUUUCUGUUAGGAAAUUCCCCAGCUCCACCAGCAGCCCCAAGUUAGCUGUGUCCCCAGGGGCAUCAGGGGCUCCAGGGAACCUAGUAGCAUUAAAUUGUUGAAUAGUGAUGGAGAUUCUAAGAGAUUGCUUAAAACCAGGGACAUACUCCCGUGUUUCUUCCUGUUGAAAGUGUUAGCUAGACCAGGGUGGUGUCUCUUCACUUCUGCAAUGCUAGCCUGACUAGUAUGGCUGCAGAGAAGACGGGGGCAAUUGUGAAGCUUGUAAAACUGGCUCUAGGAUGAUUUUGGCUUUAUUUUCUCUCCCCAAGUGUUCUUAGCAUCAGCUCUGCACAGUGUUUAGAGUUUUUAGUGAAAGAGUUUGGAUGUCCCCGCCUCCGAGCAUUGUGUGGCUUAAUGCAUUUGGAGUGAAAGCCUUUUGGGGUUAUUUGUAAGCAACUUUCUGGUUCUUGUCAUUGCAUCCCGAGGUUUCCACCUCAUCCUGGGACUCUAUUCUUCCACGAGAACCCUCAGUGGCCAGAAGCCCUGCCAGCCUGCUGGCUCCUGGGUCAGUGAAGAAGCUUUAUAUGUGGCACAUGUGUCUUGAGGGUGAAAGAGCCUGAGAGAAACCUGGCCCCGGUGCUGGGACUCUAUACAAGUCACUUAUCUCUGGCCUGGUUUCGCCUUGGGUCCUACCUUGAUGAGCACCAUGUAAACCUCCUUGUGUUGUGACAAUUCGGCAUUAAACAACUUGUCUCCGU